UGUGUGCGCCGCCGUGGCCCACUCUGUGCUCUUUGACUCUGUUGGCCUUAUAAGGCAUCUGGCGUCAUGGCAACGGCAGGGCUUGAAUAGCAGUGUCAAAUCCCUGAGCACACAGACACACGCUAACUCUCCCUAAAGGGGGAGACCGAGCCGGGAGAGGCGGAGAGAGGCUGACGUGAAGCUGAGAGGCAGCCGGGCCGGCCGGGUCCGCUUCACCCAAGACUCCGUUCCGUCCGUGAUCGGCUUUUUCCUGCUUCUUGGGCUAAUUUAUUCCUAUUGGAGGACGACGACAGAGUGCAACAGUACACCCCGACUGACUCCCUGGCAGGGAAUGUGAAGAGGUUCUGGCCUCUGCUUGUAACUGCUGGAUGGACAGUGACUUAACAAGGCUGAGAAGGGGGGGAAAAAAAAGCGUCUCACGGGAGGUCGACUUUGUUUUUGCCUUUUUUUUGUAUUUGUCUUGUGACAUUUGAGCCUUUGCAGCAGAGUUGGAGGCGCACAAAGAAAACAGAAGUCAACUUCAGAGAAAAGGACUAAUGAAUUGAGUUGCCGCAGAAACCACAGAGGCAUUUUUCCAGGAGAAAGAGGGACUGUCUUCUUCAGACCUCUCUGGUUUGAAUAGAACGCCUGAAGCCAGUGUCAGCAUUUUUAUGGAUUUUUUUUUUUUUUUUGGUCACAAAGUUUCUGAGUGGAUGAACAUUUCUUCCCCCCCCACUUCAUCGGUGUCACCCCUGCCUCGACAAGUCAAGAGUUGAGUCUGGACUCGAGCUGGCCCAAGAUCAGCAGAUAACACCCCAGCGCUGCACGGGAACCGGUUGGACGAGUUUAGAAGUUGGAGCAGAGGGCAGGGUAGUUUAACCCUGCCUCAAGGAGAGCACUGUUUUAUUUUCCUCCCACUUGUCCUUUUGCAAGAAAGCAGUCACGCAUAGAGACGCAGAGUGACUGUAGCGGAGUUUCUUCUUCUCCUCAGAGGGGGGAAAGAAAGUCUGAGAAGGAAAGUGGAGACCAGAAUGGGAGACAAAGUGUAAUUUAUUGUUUCCUGGGUUUGAGGAGGCUGCACCCUUUUUUUUUUUUCCUUCUCCUGCCUGAACUCUGAACCGCUCAGUGUGUGUAAAGUUUUCUCAGGGACCAUUGAUUGGAGGUCAGGGCAGCAUAAACAAGAGCAAAAGGCAAGAACAGAGGGAGCAGUCAGAUUAAGGACCAGAGUGCACCAGGGAAGAUCGCCGGGUCAAUCCAAACAGACGACAAGGAGGGAAAGGUCAUCGCAGAGACAACGUUUCAUCCUUUUGCUACCUCGGAGAUCAAACUGGAGCCAGCCCAUUGGCCCUUUUGUGACUUAAAACCCGAGCGGGUCAGCGUAUGAUCCAAGGCGACUAUGGCCAUGGUAAGCGGGGGAUGGGGCAACCCCAACGGGGACGCCAUGGGACUGGAGGAGAAGGUAUACCUGCGGCGGGAGGAGGAGGAGGCUUCGCCCCACGCCGGAAGCAGCGAUGUGGACGUCGCCGAUGAGGACAAGGCCUGCGUGCUGGACUGCGUGGUGUGCGGCGACAAGUCCAGCGGGAAACACUACGGCGUGUUCACGUGCGAGGGCUGCAAGAGCUUCUUCAAAAGGAGCAUCCGACGUAACCUCAACUACUCCUGCAGAUCAAACCGAGAAUGCCAAAUCGACCAGCACCAUCGCAACCAGUGCCAGUACUGUCGACUCAAGAAAUGUUUCCAUGUUGGCAUGCGCAAAGAAGCAAAAUCCAACUUGGAGGCCUGCAGACAACAAACAACAACAGCAAAACUAAUUUAUCAAAUGGGGUUGCAUGAACGGGGGACUGUCCCUGAUGCGCGACAAUUUCUGCCUGGAGUGGAUUGGCCGCACGGAAGGUCUCCCCAACUUCCAGAUGGCCACCACGCCGCUGGCUACAGAUCCACUGUCCAGAGGGGUCGCAUCCCACCUUCCCACUCAGGUAUCAGUCCCAACUCCCAACGGGCCGGCGGGGCGGGAGGCGUGUUGCCCAAUCACCUGGGAGCGGACUACUUCAACGGGCAGCCGGUGUCGGAGCUCAUCUCCCAGCUGCUUCGGGCCGAGCCGUACCCUCACAGCCGCUACGGGACCCCGUACGGCCAGGCGCAGAUGGGGGCUUCUGCGAGCGGAGCCUCCGUCAUGGGCAUUGACAGCAUCUGCGAGCUAGCUGCCCGCCUCCUCUUCAGCACCAUCGAGUGGGCCAGAAACAUCCCGUACUUCCCAGAGCUGCCAGUUUCGGAGCAGGUGGCGCUGCUGAGGCUGAGCUGGAGCGAACUUUUCAUUCUCAACGCAGCCCAGUCUGCUUUGCCACUCCACAUGGCCCCCCUGCUGGCAGCGGCCGGCUUCCACUCGUCCCCAAUGUCUGCCGAGAGGGUGGUGUCCUUCAUGGACCAGGUCAGGAUCUUCCAGGACCAAGUGGACAAGCUCAACAGACUGCAAGUGGACACCGCUGAAUACAGCUGCCUGAAAGCCAUCGCUCUCUUUUCACCAGAUGCAUGCGGUCUGAAUGAUCCAGCCCACGUGGAGUCCCUGCAGGAGAAGGCCCAGGUGGCGUUGACCGAGUACGAGAGGUUGCAGUACCCCAACCAUCCCCAGCGCUUCGGCCGCUUGCUCCUGCGCCUGCCGGCUCUCCGCGCCGUGCCAGCCAACCUCAUCUCGCAGCUCUUCUUCAUGCGCCUGGUGGGAAAGACCCCCAUCGAGACGCUGAUCCGAGACAUGCAGUUGUCGGGGAGCUCCAUCAGCUGGCCCUACGCCCCGGGACCGUAGCCAACGCGCUGACAGUCGACGGGAGGAUGCGGAGAACUUGAAAAGGCUGGAGAAGGCCAGGUCGUUUUAUUUGCAGCACUUGCGUGUUUAGGCUCUGGCCUUCAUCGGCGCUCUCUUAGUCUCAUUCUGGACUACAAAAAUUCAAAUGGAGAUUUAGGCCAUGAGCACAUACUACCUCCCAUAUCAUCCUUAAUGUGACUGACUUUGAUUCGUGUGUGAGUAUGCGUGUGUGUUGUCUGCUUUAAGCCCAUAUGAAGCCACGGCAACAGCGCAUCUACGCACAUUAGCCCGUGUGGGUCUUUCUUCAUGUUGUGCCGAAUUCAUCGGAGUUGUUACCAAAUGUAUUGUAUCACCCAAGUCAUGUUGUUGCAGUGCGUCCGUCUAUGGCGAGCCGCUCGAUCAUUUAUUCGAUAUCCAUCCAAACGUCCAUCAGCUAGUAUGACAACUCUAACAAGGCAAAAUUGUUUAUUAGUUGGCAAUUGUGUGCUACUGGUACGACUCAAGACGUCAACUUAUACUAGUUAACAUCUACUGUUGUACUAAAGUGUCAUUCAGCUGUCAACUAGUGCACAAAUUUGUCUCACUUUUAACAUGUACAUUUUUUAAUAUUCUGCCAAAGUUGCCCUAGUGGAGAAGAAUUUCGAAUAAAUGCUCAAACAGCUUGUGUCACAAUAUUUGCUACAUGAAUAUGCUCAGUUACUCUCUGAGGAAGUUGUGAUUUGCUGCCCCCAAGUGGUCAAAUCGCAUAAUAUAUAUAUUUUGCAGAGAGUGGGUUUAAUAUGUAGCAAAUGACACACAGAUGUCUUCUUAGGUUUUACAAAGUUUAUCUUACGUCUAAGUCUGACAUUAUUACCUCAUGUUAUUUUCCAAGAUCAAAGAUUGUAUAGUGAACCAUUAAUGCGCAAAUGGUAAAUUCAAAGGGAUCAAUGUCCAUUUUCAAUUGUUUUCGUGCAUUGAUUUCUGGAAACAAUGUUGUUUGAGAUGUAUUUUAAGAAGGCGCCCAUGAAAGGUACAACCGUUUUGUUUCGACUGUUUAAGGUUUGUUUAGAUUUUGGUUAACAUACUGUAUGUAAAUCCAAUGUCGGAAAGCAAACAUGGCCUUACAGAAAGUGGUAGAAAAUUAUUACACAAGGCACUUAUGGUACUAAAAUGCUCACAUUUGUUAAUGCCACAAACAACGACUCAAAACCUGAUACAUUUUUUGUGUUAUUUAGCAAGUUGUAAAAAAAAAGACAACUUUCAAUGACCUUGCCGAAUGUUACUAAAUGCAGAUCAAAUUAAAUGUUUGACAGGCUAUGCUUGCAGUACUAGAAAUAAAUGUAUGCACAUGCCAACCA